UCAGUCAUCUUGCUCUUCAGACGAAUGGAUGGGAUUUCUUCGCGGUGUCGAGACGGUCAUUAACGCGUCUUCUAUCAAAAAACUACUUCAGCUCGGCUCUGAUGUGGUCGUCUUGCUAGACUGGGUGCACUACUACGAUGUCCUCGCUCGCUUCUCACUUCAAUACUGGGAAAGAGAAGGGACCCCGGAGCUCCCGUCGACUCCAACAAACUUCUUUGGUUUGCAGAUUUCCAUCCUUCCGCCGCCUAUUUUCUCCAUGCUAGAUUUGCUGUCCCAAUCAUGCGUCACAAUAUCUAGUAGUGCAAUCCCGCCACAAGCCAGUGAUAGCGUGGAAGAUUAUAAGGGCUUUCUGAAAGUGACAGAUUGGAGAAUCAGGACGGUACCGAUGCCCAAAAUCCCAGAUGAUGAUAAUCAUGUUUUGGAUGAUGCGACGUUGGUAAUGCACUUGUACCAGCUUGCUAUGCUCGUGUUCCUCAGCCGAAGAUCCGAAGGCGUGAUCGACCAACCCAUCAGGACCCAACAGUAUAUCGACAAAGCCUUUGCUAUCUUCUCCCGUUUGAGGUUCUGUAGACAGCAAUUUCCCAUCCAUGUCAUUGGCUGCGAGGCGCGAACGGAUGAGCAACGGGCCGUCGUCCUCGAUGUCAUUUCUAGGACGGAGAAGAUGAGCUCGUCGCGAUCUUUCAAUUAUUGUAAGAGAAUACUGCAGGCUGUCUGGGCCCAAUAUGAUCUCAGGGAAGGGAACAACAUCAGAUAUUGUGAUAUGUUGACCUCGGUAAUCAGCCAUUGUAUGAUUGUUCCUGCUUUUGUAUGAUUACUUUGUAUAACUAGUCAUAUAUGAAUUAGAAGUACUUGCUGAAUGGCAGGACAAGGGUAGGGUGAUUCUGGAUGCAGCGUGCGUGUUUGGAUCAAUUACCCCAUUCACUUAU